AUGUCGUCCAAACGACCUCGAACAGACGAAACUCCAGACGAUGUGGACGCUGUACCGUCCGUCGAACGUUUUCUUCGACAACAGCACCAGGAGCUGCUUGAUGCCUUCACCCGUCUUGAGGCGCACAAGAACAGAGUCGUCGCCGAAUCCGAGAAAGAGAUCAACGACUUGAAGCGCCAGAACCAGGAGCUACGCUCAGAGGUUGAGUCUCUCCGUACCGCCAACAGCUCUCCUCCCGCCGCUGUCUCACAGGAACCGAAUCAUGUCGCCCGACACUUCGACGAAAUCGCGAAGGUUGCUUUGAGGCUCAACUUGAGAACCCAGAACAUACCACCCUCCAGUCGCGAAAUUGAGGUCUUGAGCCGUAUUAUUUUUGACGCUCAUCGUCUAUCAAAUUUGGAGCACUUCAUGCAGAAGGCCGGCAGCAUCAAUAAUCGAUGCCGUUACUGCGUUGAUAUGAUUAGCGAAAGGCCCAUUGCGGAUGCUUCCAGUCCGGUUGGCUGGAUCAGGAAGAAAGGUCCAAGUUGUCUAUUCCAUGCAGAUGACGAUCCUUGCGUCUGGAUCGUAAAGCGUGGGGCUGACUGGGUUGUCGGACGCGGUCGGGGUUAG